AUGACCACAUGGAAUCUGCUGAAGACGUCUGUUACAAAGAUUACGGAUGAAUCUCUUGCUGAUCUCUUGAUGAGAUUCCCACACUAUAAACGCAAGGAUUUCACCACGUUCAAUGCGUACAUUGCAAAGACACUGUGGGCUUGGGAUACAAUCAUCAAAGCUGGAGGCUUGGACGAUAAGUUCUUGGUAAUGACCCUGAUGAAUGGUAUCAAAGACUCCUAUCCGGAAUGGUAUACCAACUGGAAGCAUGAUUGCGAUAGAGGCAAGUUUCCAACCAAACAGGAUUUCUUACAGUUUCUCUCCGCCAAGGCGGAUGACGAAGAAGCUGCCGGAACCCGUAUCAACUUGUCCGUCCAAACAGCCAAUCAGCUACCACCUAUGCCAGCAGGAGCCAAAGGGUCAGACCAGUGUUACAUUCAUACUAACAUGACACACACGAAUGAUAACUGCUGGUCACAACACCCAGAAAAACGACCGUCUUGGCAUAAAGGCAAACGCAAAGGCAAAAGUCCAAAUCAAGUCGGUAACCCAGAUAUCAUCCAGCCGAUGAACCUUGCCAUUAUGGCGACUGCCUUAUCUUCUGAUGCGGUAGUAUUGGAUUCAGGAGCUGCAGAACACUGCUUCAAUGACCUCAAGUGGUUUGCACAUAUUGACUUCCACGAUGAAGACAGUCGCUAUAUUGGGCACAAUAACGUUCCCUACGGUCGUCAAGGGAUUGGGAUAGUGCAUCUUGCAGCGAAUGGGAAAACACUUAUCCUUCACAACGUUGGAUACUGCGCGGUUGGCACUGCAAAUAUCAUCGCGACGAGCAUCUUGGAAAAGAACUAUGGACUGGUUGUUAAUGGCCAAACCAAAGAACUGGUUUUCGCAAAUUCAGGGCAUAAGGCAUGCUACCUCGGCAAAGCGGAUGCUAUUAUUAGCAGGGCCAAGUUUGAGCCAACAGCCUUUCUAAGUCAUGUCUACUGGGAUCUGCUACAACACACUCCAGUUGGAUAUGGAGGAUACCGUUGGUCUCUCCACGGCGUUGAUGGAUAUACUGGCUUCCAAUGGAUCAUGUUCUUAACCAGAAAGAAACAUGCACUGCCAAAACUAAAGGAAUGGAAGGGGAAGGUGGAGAAGAUGAGUGGCGGGCAUCAAGUUCAAGCCUUUGUCUUCGACAAUGGUGGCGAGUUCAAAUCAGAUAAGACAACUGAAUGGGGCACCAAGGAAGAGGUCAAAAUCAAGUACACAACACCUUAUGCCCAUGAACAGAACGGCAGAGCCGAGAAAGCUGGCAAAGAUAUUGCAGCUGGAGCCCGCACAACGCUUAUUCAGCUACAAUUACCUCAAGAACUAUGGCCUCUCUUCAUGGAAACCAGUGUAUAUAUUCACAAUCUCCUGCCAUCACGAUUCCAAAUAGCGCUGUAA